GCCGCCACCACUAGCCACCGCCACCAGCGCGACCACCACCACGACCACGGUCUACUUCGACCACCACGACCACCCCACUACAACACUACAAACAAUGUUCUCCCUCGGCCCCCGAAUACACCGCCGCUUCCUGCGGACGCGCAUCCGCUCUUUACUCGUGCGCCCUUCCCCCUCCGCGCCCCCGGCGCCCGCUGCGCCCGCCAUCCCCGCCGGUCCGCCACCACCCCCACCGCCCCCAGAAGGGUUAACAGCGUUCUCCUACCACUGGGAAACGGUCCCCCCCACCCCCACCCAACUCAGCUACGCAGACAGCUUCUUCACGCGGGGCAUCCCGUCGAAGCACUUGUGGUCGCAAGCGAAAUUCGGCGCAAUAGAGAUCGGGACGUCUCCCGAGGUGGUAUUUCUCGGGCGCAGCAACGUGGGGAAGAGCAGUCUGCUGAAUGCCAUGAUGGGACAUGCCGGGCUGGCGUUUACGAGUAGUAAGCCCGGGCGCACGAGGCUGCUGAGUGCCUUUGCCGUUAAUGGGGGGAAGGCGGUCGUUGUGGAUUGUCCGGGUUAUGGGCAUGCGUCUAGAGAGGAGUGGGGCGUGCAGGUUAUGAAGUAUUUGAAGAGUCGGAAACAGUUCCGCAGGGCGUUCGUGCUGCUGGAUGCACGGCAUGGGCCAAAGUCGAGUGAUAUCAUGUUGCUAGAGCACCUGGGGCGGGAGGGGAUCUCGUUCCAGGUUGUGCUGAGCAAGGUUGAUGCUGUGAACCAGCGGGACGGGAGCUUGCGGGGUGCGUUUGAGGACACGAAGUAUCUGCUCGAGACUGGAAUAGCGGGCGUGACCGGGUUGGGGGAGGUGAUCGGUGUGGCCCCUAACCCGGCAAAGAAGGGGGUAGCGAAGAUCGGGAUUAGUCAGUUGAGGUGGAGUGUGCUUGUUGCUUGCGGCUUGGACGCGGGCGUGAAAUAAUUGCGAACGGUAGGGCUCAAAGGAUAAGUGGCCGAGUGACAUGCGGUGAUUCGGAAACAUCAACAUCAAUUCGCGGUAUCA